ACAUCUACCAGAACUCUUAAACGUGGAUAGAGUUGUGUUCAGUGACUGGAGUAAGUGGAGAGCAGUGUAAUUUUUAAAACAUAGAAGAGGAGCCAGAGAGAAGAAUGAAGAGCCUCAUGUCUGUCAACAUCAGCCUCCUUUGUGCUGUGGUCUGUGUGUUGUCCGGGGUGAUUACAAACAGAGCAACAGAAGGAGGAAAUGCUCACAUUCAGUGUCCUUAUGAUCGGGGGUAUGAGACAUACCAGAAGUACCUCUCUAAAGGGAUAUACAGAGACAGUGUUGUUGUCAUCCAAACCCAAAAACAACGGCACCCAGCGUGGACUCAUCAAGGGAGAUAUUCUCUGUAUGACGACACAGAGAGAAGAGUCUUCACUGUGACCAUCACUAACCUGAUCCAAAAGGAUUCUGAUACAUACUGGUGUGGAGUGAAUACAUGGGGACAUGAUGAGCCAACUGAAGUCAGGCUCACUGUGGACAGAGCUCCUGUUCCUCCCAAACCUGACCCAGUCACAUCCAGACCUCUCCUCUCCACAACACACCCAUCAACAAACAUCACCACUGAGCCCCGCAGAUCCAUCACGACUGGUCUGCUGACGUAUUUCGGCCGAUGUGCUCUCAACCGGCCUCUGCGUCGUUGA